AUGUUGGACACACGGCGCAGAGAUGGAUGGAUCUACUACCCCGGAAAAAGAUAUCUAAAGGGGGGAGGAUGAAAAGGAAGAAAUAAAAAUAAAGGAUUAUUAUAUGCUGCUACAUGGCAUCUAUACACUACACAGAGAUUUACAAAGAAAAAACCAAUGGAGGUGAGCUGCUGCUGCUGGCUGCACUUGUUUACCCCUCCGACGUAUUUCUUUUGGGGGUCUGACCCGUGUGUGUGUGUCUGUGUGUAUACAAGGGAAACACAAGAGAACAACACGACAGACACACAAAAGGGAGGACGGAGGGAAAAACUAGUGAAAAGAAAUUGGUACCAGAAGAAGAAGGAGACUUUUUUCUUCUUCUUCUUCUUUUUCUCGAGACGUACACACAUGAUGGGUGUAGCGAUGGGGGGUUAUCUUUUCUACAUUUAUUCGUCCAUGGACGACGUGUAGUCGAGCUAUAGAGAGAUAUACAUAAAACCGUGUACUGUGUUUUCUUUUUCUCUCUCUCUCUUCGUGGUUGUUGUUAUUAUUAUUAUUAUUAUUUCCAGUGGGGAGACGAGCGAACCUUUAGGGCAGGAAAACAUUAUAAUAAGCCAAGUCUCUCCCCCCCAGAAAAAAAACAUGGAAGAAAACCAAAGAGAUGGACUGUGGGGUUGAACACAUCAUAUAAGAGUAUAAGUGCGGGGUAACUAACACACACACACAUGGACCCUGAUGAUGGCAGUCUGUGCUGGUCUCUCCCAAUUUCCUUGACAACCGCAACGAGAAAAAAGAAGAAAAUCUGGGGCCUGAAAAUGUAAGGGAAGUUUAGUUCAGGGAGGGGUCAAGUCAGCCCAGGCAAAAAAGGCAGAAAAAGAAAAAGAAGAAGGGAUCGAAUAAAGGAGGGACCCUAAAGAAAAAAGAAAAAAAAAGUUACGCGGGGCCAGCAGCAGCCCAGCAGUCACAGGUUACGAAUAAAUAGGAAAGAGAAAAAGAGCGAGAGACAUAAACACAAACGUGCCUUAUAGACUGCGGGGCCGUCUAUAGAAAAAAAGAAAAAGAAAUGAGCCAGGGAGUCCUUUAACGCUCCGGGGUUGUGGUGGGCUUGCGUUGCUUGUUAGUUAGUUAGUUGUUAUAGACUGGCAUGAGCGAGACCCAACAGCACAAGAAGAAGAAGAAGGGCAUCAACAGCAGCAGCAGCCCAGGAGAAAUGCACAACAAGAGAGAAGAUAGAAAGAGGAGGAGGAUGGAAAAAAAGGGGGAGGUUUCUUAUCGUGUGGAGAGAGAGAGAAAGAGCAAAAAGCCCCGGCCCCCAGUGUAUAUGUGAGAGAGUUCAAAGGAAUAGAAGAAGAAAAGCUGGCCGGCUUUGCUUUAGACACGAAAAACCCACAAGUCUACAAGCCAGGAGGUUCAGUAUUCAGUUCGAUUCGAGCGAGGCAUGACCUUUGGACGUGUUGUGGUCGUGGGCUCCUAGUUUCAGUCAUCUGUGAGGUGCUCCUGCUCCUACCAUAAGAAGAAAAGAGAUCUAUCCUCUAUAUUUUAGUUUGAUGAAGUGCAUCGACGACACAUUUCUUACCUCCGGUUGGGUUUCCAGGACAAGUGAGCAGCAGCGACGGCCAUAAAACAUUGGGACAAGGAUCCGUAAAGGGGCGGCCGCGACAGCAGCAGCCACAAUCAGGACGGCCAUGUCGCCGAUCGUAGCCGAAUCGGUGCCAGUCUCUUCCGAGCGCUGGGCCAGCAUGCUCAAGCAGCCGUGCUUCAACUCUUCGCUGGCCUGUGACGACAACGACGACUCGCAUUCAGCCGAGUCCAGUGAAGUCGACGAUGACGACGUCGGAUGCUGCACAGACGACGACGCCAUGGUCCGCCACCAUCACCGUGAUUCCCCGUCGCCGGACCACCACCACCACCGCACCGUCUGGUCGUUUAGCGUCCUGAGGCACAAACUGCAGGGAUUGCGUCACAACGCCCAUCAGCUGACGACGGGCGGCAGCAGCAGCAGCAGCAGCAAGCGUCGCUCGCUCUCCUUCAGCAGCGGCUCGUCGUCGUCGAAAUCGGGCGGAUCGACCACGAAGAGAGGCGGGCGGGCGGGCCGGGCGGAUGGGCACGAGAGUCGUGAGUCACGCGGUUUGGGCCGCAUCCGGCGCUCCAUUAGCGUCCACGACAAGAGUCGCUUCACCGUCUACUCCGGCGGCAGCGCCGGUAAAUUCAACAUGAAAUUGAAUUCGUCGCAUUGCAGUUCCCGCGACGUGGGCGUCGGCGUGUCCAGUGACGACGAGGGCGACGACGACGACGACGACUGCGGUGGAUUCACGUCCAAUCGACUCACUUUCACCCGGGUGGGCAGUUUGCGCGGCAAAUUGACCACGUCCGCACCGGCCGCCAAAAGCGUCGAGUGUCUCAAAUCUUCUCUGCUGGCCACCAACUCCAAAUCGGCGUCGCCAGCUGGUCCGGCCAAGAGCGACUCGGCUCCUGGCGGCGGAUGGCGUCGCCAAAUUCGUUCUGUCCUCAUUCACGCCGCACCGUGGGAGAAACGACGCCGUCGACGCAGUGGCUCUAAACACGAACAACAAAGCCGCACGACGCCGCCGUCACCGCAGCUCAGUCCCAGGGUCCCACCAUUGCCGCCUCGCCCCCCAAAUCAACAACAACAACCGAUUCCAACAACCAAAAAGGCGAUUCGAUCGGGUCUCUGGUUGGCGCACGCCAGUCACGUGACGACAACCCUGGCCAAAAAACUCGGCCUGUCGUCGUCGUCCUCGUCGGCGCCGGUUGACCCUUCGACAGGUGAGCGGAAUAGGCGGAAGAGCAGCACCAACACCAACACCAACCACAACAACAACAACCGACUCAGCUCCAGCAAACAUUUCGGCUCUUCCGACUCGGCGUUCCUCAUCUCCCGUUGCCAGGACGACGGCGGCGGUGAAGGCGUCAGUCGAUUGCCGGUGCCCAUCCACUUCCGUCCUCCGCCACCUCCGGGCAGCAGCACGGGCGACGACGAAGAGGAAGAGGAGGCCGAUCAUCCGAUUGAGGAGGAUGAAGUGGAUCUCGGUCAACGGGCUGCUGGCCACAACAACCAGGACGUGUUCCAGUCGCUCGAGCAGCAUUUCCAGCAAUUUCCCCUGCAGCCACGCACCAGGCGGGCCGUUAGUUUGCACGGCACCCAGGAUUUGGCCAGCUUCCAGACCCAGUCGGCCAGCACGUUGCUCCGCCAUCAGCGAUUAAACAACAAGCCGGCGGUGGGAUCCAUUGCCGGUUCCAAAACGGCCAAUCGAAAGGUUUCCCUAAGUCAUGCCCUGUCCCAACCUUUGCUGACGGAUCAGCGCUGCCACCACGAAGAGGAGGAGGAAGAAGAAGAAGAUGCGGAUGAAGAGGACGAUGACACAGUUUUCUCGCCAGCUGGACAAGACCAGGUGGACGCCAAGGUGCAGGUACUGAAGGAGGUGGCGGCGGUGGCCAAUAGGCCCAUAACAGAGACGAUGGGCGCCCUCCGCUUGCAGACGAGGCGCAUCAGCACCAACCGGGCGGCUUCCGUGCCGGACGACUCGGACAACAAGGAAACGUCGUUUUCGUCUUCGUGCAGCUCGUCGUUGCAGCAGCCGGCCGAGCCGCUGUACUCGUCUACGGAUGUGCCACUGCCGAAGCACAUCCGCCCGUCGACCUACUCCAUCUUCACCGUCACCUUUCAGAAAGGUGGGGCCGGCACCAAGUCCGGCAGCAGGAAAGGCCUGGGCUUCAGCAUCGUCGGCGGCGAGGACUCGCCCAAAGGCAAACUGGGCAUUUUCGUGAAAACGAUUUAUCCGGGCGGACAAGCAGCUGAGGAAGCCACUCUGAGAGAAGGUGAUGAGAUUAUUGCCAUAAAUGGACGAAAAGUCGAGGGUUUGGUCCACGCCGAGGUGGUCUCCUUAUUCCGCGAAGUCCGCCGAGGAGCCAUCACCAUCCAGCUGGGCCGAAAACUGCCCAAAGAUCGGGACGGACUCUACAUCACGGCCGAUCAACUGACCCAAUUAGUGGUCGUCCCCAAUGGACAACCACAAUAAUACCAAGACACAGCAAUCAAACCUAACGGGAGAAGGAAAAAUCCCAGCAACUCUUUUUUAUUUCAAAAUUGCCAUGGCCCCAUUUUCUCUCCUUACACGUAGUGUGCGUUCCUCUUUUUUAUUUUUUAAAAAAAUGUUUGUGCGUGUUUGUGACUUACCAAUAAUCGAUUCGGAGAUCUCAUCAAGUCGAUCAGCAGAGGAAACUCACCAAAUCCUCGAGCGAUUCACGACUCUUUUUGUACAAAAGAAAAAAAAAAUACCUUUACAUUAUAGACAACGUUAAUAAAUGGCUUACCAGACA